CGUCUAUGUGUGGCAGUCGUGUUGCUAUGUUGUUGUUUAAUUAAUCCGUAUGCCUGCCGAACCGAAGUCGCUGCUCGUAAAGCUCGGAAACUGUCGGAUAUACUCGUCGUGUUCGAGAUUCGAGAAUCGCACUCGCAAUCACACUCGCAUACGUUCGUAAACGUACACACAAAAGCUUCUGCUUUUCAAUUCUACGCGGUCGUUGAUGAACUUUAUUUUUCAAAUGGGUGAGAUGGGUAAGGCGAGGCGGCGGUGACGGCGGCAGCAGCGGCAGAUGUUGUAGGUGGUGUAGGUACAUUUUUCCACGAGCAGUUUAGUUGAUGGUUCUCGCGUGCAAUGGUCCUUUCUCGAUCUCGGAUCUGGAUUUCGGAUGCAAUUAGCGUGUAGUCGUAUUUUUCGCUACAAAAUAUUACGCCUUUUCGCAUUUGCGCGGGUAUGGGUACACGUUGGUGUUACGCUACCAUGUAAAAUCGUCGCGUUUCGUUUUUCAUCUUGAGUUUUCUGUUUUUCGCUUCAAAAGCGACAGUCACCCAGCGAAAUUCAUACACGUUUUUUCCUUUGGCUGCGGUGGUGCGGCGCGGGGGUGCAGUUUUGUCGUCCACUGACAUGAGCAGAAAGUAAUGAACGGAAUGAGGAGCUUUUUAGGAAUGUUCGCGAAAUGAAUUUUAAAAUGAGAUAUAAACUUUUCUUUGUGCUGUUUUCAACGAUUAUCGCCUGCUCGAAGUGCUCCCUGAAUGCAACAACUUCGGAGUGGAAAACAUACCAGUCAAAAUUUACAAUCGAUCAGUUGCUCGCCAACAAAUAUGAGAACAAGAUCUCGAACGAUGUUUAUCUGGAUCCAUGUAAAUCGGCUGAAUUCGUGGGUGACGUGGCCUUACCCAUGGUUCAAUACGAAUCGGAACUGGAAAAUGCUAAAAAGCUGAAUAAAUCUUACGCCGACGAAGUGGAGAAAUACAAAAAAGAAAUCCUUUUCGAGGGGCUUCAAAUCGAAGAAGAAGGUUUGGAAAACGUAAAGAAGAAUAAGUUCAUGAGAGACUUCAUGAAGCCACCGGCCACCACAGCUGCGUCCAACGUGUCCAAACAGCAACAGCGAGGGCAGCGGCCCAUGGCUGUCGCCAAUUCCAGCCGAAAACCCGAAGGGAAGGUAGGUGCGACGGCCACAAAAACGCCAUUUUCAACCGAUGACUAUUCGGGUACCAACGGUGGCAAUGACCACCAAAAUUUCCCCGUCAUUCACGAGCACACCUUGGACGAGUACGAAAGCUACAUGAACUCCAAAGCGAAGCAGCCGGCGGCUGAGGUAGUGGCAACGACAACGGAAAAUGUUUCGACGACCACUGGUUUUUCGCAAAAGCGAACGUGGCCCAAAAAUCAGCACGUUUACGAAUACAUCGUGCCGAAAGAAAACGCGUCCAGCGGCGCAGUCAGGAAACUAUCCUCGGAUGGCGAUACGCUGUCCAACUCGAAUUUCAGUUUAGAUCUCGGCCUCGGUCGCGGCAACGCCAAAUGGAAAAACGGUUCGGUCGUCGUGAUUACCAAAGAACUUGGCGAAAAUGCGACGUCGACGCCGACUCGACGGAAACGUGCAGCUACUGCUCGCAAAGAACGUAUUUGGGACUACGGAGUCAUUCCUUACGAGAUCGAUCAACAUUUUGGUGGAACGCACAAAGCAUUGUUUAAACAAGCCAUGCGACAUUGGGAAAAUUUCACCUGCAUUAAAUUCGUCGAACGAAUACCCACCGACCAUCCUAAUUAUAUUGUUUUUACCGAAAGACCUUGCGGAUGCUGUUCGUUUGUAGGAAAACGUGGAAACGGACCUCAGGCUAUCUCAAUCGGUAAAAGCUGCGAUAAAUUUGGUAUCGUUGUCCACGAGCUUGGCCACGUUAUCGGAUUUUGGCACGAACAUACCAGACCUGAUCGCGACAAUCAUGUACAAAUCGUUCGAGAACAUAUUAUGCAAGGCCAGGAAUAUAAUUUCAACAAGUUGACAGACGAAGAGGUGAAUUCGCUUGGACUUCCAUACGAUUACGAAUCUAUAAUGCACUACGCUAGAAAUACCUUUUCCAAAGGAACUUAUUUAGAUACGAUCCAUCCGAUUGAAAAUACUCGUAAUACCAAACGAAGACCCGAAAUAGGGCAACGUGUAAGAUUGAGCGAAGGCGAUAUUGCUCAGACUAAGUUACUAUACAAGUGCCCAAAAUGUGGCAGGACGUUUCAAGAGCCGAAUGGUAAUUUUUCAUACUAUCUGAAUAGUGUAAACGAAACUGUACGGUGUGAAUGGCGUAUUACAGCUACACAUGGGGAACGAAUCGUGCUCAAUAUAACUGAAAUUGACAUUUUCAAGUCUGACCAAUGCAGCACCGACUACCUCGAAAUCAGAGACGGAUAUUGGCACAAGUCUAGAUUAAUUGGUAGAUUUUGCGGUAAUGGUCGCAUCGACGAACUAAUUACUUCGUGGGGCAGUCGUAUGCUGGUCACUCAUGUCACUUCUGAUCGCAUUGGUACAUCGACAAGAGGAUUUUCCGCCAAUUAUGAAACUGUUUGCGGAGGAGACAUUUUUAUCGACGAGGAGAGCGGUCGUUUAGAGUCGCCCAACUAUCCGGACGAUUAUCAACCGAAUAAAGAAUGCGUGUGGCGGAUAACGGCUCCAGAAAAUUAUCAAGCUGCGCUUAAAUUUCAAUCUUUUGAGAUCGAAAAUCACGACAAUUGCGCUUACGACUACGUAGAUAUACGCAAUGGUCAUUCACCAGACAGCCAUUUGAUCGGACGUUACUGCGGUUACAAACUUCCACCAGAUAUUCAAUCGACUGGCAACAAAUUGUACGUGCGAUUUGUAUCCGACAGUACGGUACAAAAAGGAGGAUUUUCCGCAACCUACAUGAAAGAAUUCGACGAAUGCCUAUCACCGAACCACGGUUGCGAACAAACGUGCAUAAAUACAUUAGGAGGGUACGAGUGUGCUUGCAAAAUUGGAUAUCAGUUACAUUCGGAUAAUAAGCACUGCGAAGACACCUGCGGUGGCAGAAUUGAAGCUGACAACGGAACCAUCACGAGUCCGUCGUUUCCAGAAACAUACCCAGGAAACAAAUCAUGCACUUGGGAGAUAAUCGCGCCGCCGCAACACAAAAUAACGCUCAACUUUACCCAUUUCGAUUUGGAAGGCAAUAAUGCGGAAUGCGAUUACGACCGUGUAGAAAUAUUGAGUAGAUCAGGCGCAGACACUUUGAAGCGACACGGAGUUUUCUGCGGCGGAAAACUUCCCCCUAUGAUCACAUCAGAUGGUAGCGUUUUGCGCAUUGAAUUCGUAUCCGACAACAGCAUUCAUAAAUCUGGUUUCGCGGCGGUUUUCUUCACAGACAUGGACGAAUGUGCAAUUAACAACGGAGGCUGCCAGCACGAGUGCCACAACACAGUCGGUUCGUACGAAUGCUCGUGUCAUAACGGUUUUACUUUGCACAGUAACAAACACGAUUGUAAGGAAGGUGGUUGUAAACAUGAAAUAACAGCCCCCCGAGGUACGAUAAUGAGUCCGAAUUAUCCGGAUUUUUAUCCUAGUAAAAAAGAUUGCAUAUGGCAUUUCAUUACAACACCUGGUCAUCGUAUCAAAUUGACGUUCGAUACAUUUGAAAUAGAAGCCCAUCAAGAUUGCUCCUACGAUCAUGUAGCUAUUUACGAUGGUGAUUCGACUGACUCGUUGAUGAUUAGCAGAUACUGCGGUUCCAAACCACCCCAUCCGAUCAUCUCAACUGCCAAUCAGUUGUACAUGGUUUUCAAAUCCGAUUCGUCGGUACAAAAACAAGGCUUUUCGGCGCAUCACUCCACAGUUUGCGGCGGCCAACUGCACGCCAGCAGCAGAGUAAAACAUUUCUACUCGCACGCUCGUUACGGCGAUCAUAAUUACGAGAACGAUCUCAGAUGCGAAUGGACUAUCGAAGCCGAAUACGGCUACAACGUACAGCUUACAUUUUUAACCUUUGAAAUAGAAUACGAACGCGAUUGCACUUACGAUUACGUUGAAAUAUUCCAAGGCAUCGACGACAGCGCCUCUAACAAUGGCAAAUUAUGCGGUAACGUGAUUCCCACAGACGUAGUCUCAAUUAACGAAGCGUUGCUGGUGCGUUUCAGGACCGACAAUACCAUGAAUACCAAAGGCUUUUCCGCUUCGUACGUAGCCGUCGAACCUCCCGACGAAUCGACCGCCACCUAAUUCUCGCCGUUGCGUCUUUUCAACUUGUGUUGUUGAUUUUUAAAAAAUACUCCUAGUUUUACAUAUCCUUUUUAUGCUAAGCUUUCUCUUUCGUCAUCCUCGAUACCUACUCGGUUGUUUCAAGGUAAAGACUUUGAACGAGAUCCUUUCCUUUUUCGAUGUAUAUCCCCUUUCUCCGCCCAAACCCCAUUUACUUAGACCUACAUACGUAGGUACGUCCAACGCUUUUCACUCAGAUUUUUCUUCUCAUUUAUCACACGUUGUGCCAUGCGUAUUUUCUAAAUAUUCAUUUUUGAAUUCAUGUGUAGAUGAAGAUGAAAUACAACUCGACUAGCCA